UGAAAUCUUCUGUCCCAUAUCCACACAAAUCAGCACAUUGAUCAUCAUUAUUGCAGUUCAGGAAGGUGAUGGCCCCUUGGGAAGUGUGAGGCGUGUAAUUCCAGAAAGCAUGCUGUAUGAUACAGUUGCUGAGGUUCACACUCAAAGUACUUCCCACGCUGGUUACAAAAAGGUAGCAAUGAUUUUGAAAAGUGAAUUUUAUGGUAUUCCUAGGCAAUUUGUCCAAGAAUUUUGUAAAUGUUGCCCAACAUGUGAGCUGGCACGGCCCCAGAUAUGUCGCCCCGCUCCGAGACUGAUCAUUGAGAAGGAGUUUAUGCAUCGCAUACAAGUAGACCUGAUAGACAUGAGAAAUUCUCCAGAUGGGAACUAUAACUAUAUUUGCCAUGUAGUAGAUCAUUUCAGCAAAUAUCAUAUUUUGUUUCCUUUAAAAUCUAAAACGCCCAGAGAAGUUGCUUUAAUGCUGGAAGAGCGUGUUUUAGCCUAUGUAGGACUUCCUAGAAUUUUUCAAUCGGACAAUGGUAAAGAGUUUGUAAACCUAAUACUGAAACGUCUGUUUGAUCAAUGGGGUGGUGAUACUCUUUUUGUGAAUGGAAGAUCCCCUCGCUCCCAGUUCCCGGGAUGUGUAAAAAAUGGCAACAAAGUCAUUCGAGACAAACUCAGAAAGUUGAAGAUCGAUUCAGGUUUAAAUGAUGAAUCAAGCUUUCCUUGGGCAUCAUGGUUACCAAAAGUUAUGUAUGCCAUGAAUAUCGUUCAUUCAGAGACUACAAAAUUAUCGCCAUUUGAAGUAGUAUUUGGCAUGAUAACCAGAGGAAAUAUUCUAGCAGGUGCACGUACGGGAGUAAUGGACGAGGAAGAACUUCCUGGAGGUAAUACUGACAAGGAUACUGAAAAUGUUUAGUUUGUGAGUCAAACAUGUUAUGGCAUUAUAAAGUUUAUUAAUAAAUUUAAUUAUUAAUCAUUUUUAAUUUAUAAAAUUUGAAUGUUGAAAUAAUAAAAAACCUUGAAAUUCA